AUGGAGUGGGGACCAGCGAGUGUAUCUGGUCGACGAGAUCCUGCGCGGGGCCCGGUGUGGCAGAGAAAACCUGAAUGUCGGAACGUCGUCCAAUGGAAGAGCGGAGGGUCGGACGAAAAUGGAACCCACCACCGAUCGUCACGCCUACGACGUUGCGAUAUUGAUCCUGGCCGGCGUAAUCUGGCCACCGAUGGUGGUAGUGGAGAUGGUGACGGCCUUGAUGAUGGAUUGAAUCAAGAGAUCAACAGGGACAUCAUUGUCCUUGGCGCGAUUAACGAAUCAGCCAGUUACCGAUUACGGAAAGAAGCCGGAAAGAAGAAUGGAUGGGCCGGCGGUGCUGUCGAUGCCGCCGCUGACUUCUUCACAAAAAUCGGCGCAAUCGCCGCAACCGCAAUCGCAUCCGAAACAAAAUCAGCGCCCGAAUCUGAGGGCAUCCUAGUACGUUUAAAUCGAUAGGAGUUGCAGGUGGGUACCGUGUCGCUUUACGGGAUCCACAUCGUGUCGCUGGUAAUCGAGGGGCAGGAACGACUCUGCCUAGCACAGAUCAGCAACACCCUGUUGAAGCAGUUCAGCUACAACGAGAUUCACAAUCGUCGGGUGGCGUUGGGCAUCACCUGCGUGCAGUGCACGCCAGUUCAGCUGGAGAUACUUCGUCGUGCCGGGGCGAUGCCGGUGUCCUCGCGUAGAUGCGGCAUGAUUACUCGCAGGGAAGCGGAACGUCUCUGCAAGUCCUUCCUCGGCGACAACGCACCGCCCAGAUUACCUGAAGACUUCGCGUUCUCCGUACAUCACGAGUGCGCCUGGGGUUGCCGCGGGGCGUUUCUGCCCGCUCGUUACAACAGCUCGCGUGCAAAAUGCAUCAAAUGCGCGUACUGCGGCCUGUUCUUCUCGCCUAAUAAGUUUAUCUUUCACUCGCACCGUAUGGGCCCGACGGACAAGUACGUGCAGCCGGACGCGGCGAAUUUCAACUCGUGGCGUCGGCACAUGAAGCUGUCCGGUACUCAGCCGGAUGAAAUCGUGCAUGCCUGGGAGGACGUUAAGGCGAUGUUUAAUGGCGGCACUAGGAAACGCUUAUUAGGCAAUUCGAAUGGCUCCCGAGAAUCGCCGAGUCCAGCGAAGCAGCCCAGAUCGUCGCCGACAGGUGCAGCGCAGAUUUCCACCCUGGUGCCGACACCGGCGCAUCCCCGUGUACCGCCAUUCCCGGAACUACCCCUGCCGCUGUCCCGCAGUCUCGUCAUGGACUACGUAUGGCAUCAUCAGCAGGCGGCGGCGGUCGCCGCGGCCAAGACACCCAGUCCAUUCGCAUUUCCGUCCUACGCCCUGCCUUGGUUGGCCAAGCGGAGUCCCGUUCUGUUCCCCGGACCGCUGCCGCCACCCAUAAGUGGUUCCAGCCCCACGGAACCGUUGAUUCCGACUGUCAAUCCACCUUUGCAUCAAUCCGCGUUCCGUCCGGUGAUUCGUGGGCCACCCAUCGUCGAAUCAGCGAUCCCAGAGCGACCAACAGACGCUAGUCAAAAGGAGGACAACUCCGACGACGAGGUCGACAUCGAGACAACGGAGGAUGACCCGGUGACGCCACUCAACGCGAGUCUUCAGAAUCUUCACUCGGCCUCGAAUUCCGCUAUGAGCAGCCACAGCGGACGAAGUACGUCGCCGCAGUGCUGGAGUCCUCCUCGAGAAACGGAACGAGAGGCUGAGAAGAUCGCCGAGGAAGCCGCGGCUUUGCGCGACGUGAAAACGGAAUUACCACCGGCGAGAAGUCCCGAGACCUGGCACGGCAGUGCCUACUAUCGACAUCUCAAUGUUCUGAAGGGGAACGAGUCGACCGCGGAAAGGGCAGGCUCUGAUUGCUCGGCUUGCCGUCCUCCACGCGGUAUAUUUUACAGCCAAGUCCACAGUCCGUCCGCGCCGACCAAUUAAUCGAGUUGGAUUGGCUGAAUUAAUCGAUACGCAGGAGCAGCAGAACGUACGAAGAGGAGAACACAUUUAACCCGAACCGUUCCGUAAGCUUGCGACACGUCCGUUGCCUUAAAGCACAGUCUCGUCGAUCUCUAUAUCCUCGAAUUUUAAGGGUUGGGGCGCAACAAUGGUCUAAUGCCUUUUCAAGGACUUGAGGAG